AUGGCCUUCAAAGACAAAUCCUCCUACAUCGCCCUCGGCUGCGAAGGCUCCGCCAACAAACUCGGAAUAGGCGUCAUUCUUCACACUCCCACCGAGACAAAAAUCCUCUCCAACCUGCGCGACACCUUCGUAUCUCCUCCAGGAACAGGCUUCCUCCCCAAAGACACUGCAGCCCACCACCGCGCCCACUUCGUCCGUCUCGCACGCGAAGCCCUCGCCGAAGCGAAAAUCACACCCAAAGAUGUCGAUUGUAUCUGCUACACGAAAGGCCCGGGUAUGGGCGCCCCGCUGAAUUCUGUCGCUGUUGCGGCUAGAGCAUUAAGUUUGCUCUGGGAUAGACCCCUUGUUGGCGUGAAUCAUUGCGUGGGACAUAUCGAGAUGGGGAGAUAUAUCACGGGUGCUGAUAAUCCGGUUGUGCUAUACGUCUCGGGUGGUAAUUCGCAGGUUAUUGCGUAUGCCGAGCAGCGAUAUAGGAUAUUUGGCGAAACACUUGAUAUAGCAGUUGGAAACUGUCUCGAUCGAUUCGCUCGCACCUUGGAAAUCAGCAACGAUCCCGCGCCAGGUUACAAUAUCGAACAGCUCGCCAAGAAGGGAAGCAAGCUCCUCGAUAUUCCCUACGCAGUCAAGGGCAUGGACUGUUCGUUCUCUGGAAUUCUAGCCUCAGCGGAUGCACUCGCUGCACAGAUGAAGGCUGGCGCAGACUUCACACCAGAAGAUUUGUGUUUCUCACUGCAAGAGACAGUAUUCGCAAUGUUAGUUGAGAUCACAGAGCGGGCUAUGGCGCAUGUUGGGUCAUCGCAGGUCCUCAUCGUGGGAGGUGUGGGCUGUAAUGAGAGGUUGCAGGAGAUGAUGGGACAUAUGGCGAGGGAGCGAGGAGGAUCAGUUUAUGCUACCGAUGAGAGAUUCUGCAUUGAUAACGGAAUCAUGAUAGCGCAUGCUGGUUUGUUGGCGUAUGAGACAGGGUUCAGGACAUCAUUGGAAGAGAGUACAUGUACACAGAGAUUCAGAACCGAUGAGGUCUUUAUCAAAUGGAGAGACUGA